UGGAGGGGGCAGGGCGCGAGGUAUCAUGGAGGAUCAGUAGGCAACUUGCGGCCAGCAGAAAAGGGCAGCCACUGCUCUGAUCCCCGGGACUUUCUCAAUUGUUCCUCGCUCGCUUUUCAACAGCCACGACACAUAUUUCGACAUGGAAAUGAAGAAGAGGAUCACUUUAGAGCUGCGGAACCGGAGUCCGGCAGAGAUUGUGGAGCUGGUUGUGGACAACAGUCGCUCAGCUGACGGGGAGGUGGAAGGUCUGACAGACGGGUUCACGGCGCUCGAGUUCCUCAGCAUGGUCAACGUGGGUCUGAGCUCUUUGGCCAAGCUUCCCUCUCUGCCCAAACUACGCAAACUGGAGCUGAGCGACAACAACCUGUCGGGGUCUCUGGAGACCCUCGCGGAGAAAUGUCCUAACCUGACCUACCUCAACCUGAGCGGGAACAAGAUCAAGGAGCUGAACACUUUGGAGGCGCUGCAAAACCUGAAGAGCCUGCAGAGUCUGGACCUGUUCAACUGUGAGAUCACGUCUCUGGAGGACUACAGGGAGAGCGUCUUCGAUUUGCUCCCUCAGGUCACCUACUUGGACGGCUUCGACCAGGAGGACAACGAGGCACCGGACUCGGAAGCCAACGACGAAGAUGAAGACGGCGAGGACGGGGCGGGGCCAACCGGGGACUACGGCGAGGAGGAUGAUGAAGAGGAUGAUGAGGAUGGCUCAGAAGGAGGAGAGGUGGGGCUGAGCUUUCAGGUGAACCAGGGCAAUCAGGAAGAGUACGACGACGAGGAAGACUAUGCAGAAGAAGAAGAGGAACAGGCGGGCGUUCACGGACAGAAGAGAAAGAGAGACGUAGACGACGAGGGCGAGGACGAUGACGAGGACGAAGACAACUAGCCCAGCACCCGACCGCCCGUCUGCGCGUCGUCCCCCCCUCCCGUCUCUGUCUGUUUCAGUCCUCCUGCCGGACCCGACCUCCAUCCGACAGCAGCCGCGCCGCUGCGUCCUGAGAUAGUUGGUUUCAGUUUGUUGUAGAAUCACGUGUUGUUUUUAGAUCAAAUAUAAAAAUUUACACAAAGAUUUUAUCUGAACUUUACCUGCUGGUUUCCCGCUGAAGACUCCACACGUUUCCCUUUAAAGAAAAAACCUGGUCCAGGUUCUGAGUCUGCCUCCUCUCCGAACUACAUCUCACUGGAUGACAAGCCCGGCUGCUGCAGCUCCUCCCUUGAAUCAGGUCCUCAAGCACAGAAGRUCAUCCAGAAACUGAUUUUUUUUUUUAGAUCUUCAGAGACAACUUUUAAAAUCCUGCUGGCCUCCGGUGCAGACUCAGUGUUUGUUCGCUCUUUAAAAUCAAACAAAAAAACAAAAAAAAAAGGCUGGUUGGAUUUGUUUUAAUAGUUUUUAAUCCGUCUCUCAGCUGUGCUUAAUUUAAAACAGAAGAUAAUAUUUUACAGGAUCAGCACAUACAAAUUAACAGUAGCAUCACCAGCAUUAACAAAAAAACAAACA